GUGCGUUCAGUGUCUGUGAUCCUCAGUUAAAACGGUGCGAUUAGAGUUGAUUUUUAGAAAUAUACGAGAAAUCUUCAUUUAUUCGAAUUCAGAAAAUUUGUCAAGAAGGAUCUCGAAUUAUUAAUCAUGGAAUUAGAAAAUCAAGAUUUGGAAGGAAUUUUAAUUUUGGAUGGCGGAUUCUCUACCCAAUUAGUAAAAUAUGUUGGACCAAAUGUGGAUGGUGAUCCUUUGUGGUCUGCCAGGUACAACGCAACAAAACCAAAAGAUGUCAUACAGACACAUUUAGAUUAUUUACGAGCUGGUGCAGAUGCUAUCAUCACAAAUACCUAUCAAGCAAGUAUAGAAGGAUACAUGGAACAUUUGGGUUUGACGAGGCAGCAAUCAAAAGACUUAAUGUUCAAUACUGCCAAGCUGGCACUUCGAGCUAGAUAUUUAUAUGAAAAGGAAAAUCCUGAAAGCAAUAGAAGACCUCUAGUAAUGGGGUCAGUUGGACCUUAUGGAGCACAUCUGCACGACGGGUCAGAAUACAGUGGCUCUUAUGCAAAAACGAUCACGAAAGAGGAAAUCCAAGAAUGGCAUAGACCAAGAAUAGAAGCUUUAAUAAACGCAGGUGUAGACGGAUUAGCAAUUGAAACUAUUCCAUGUCAGUUGGAAGCUGAAGCCCUAGUUGAACUAAUAGUUAAUGAGUAUCCCGGCACAAAAGCAUGGCUUAGUUUUCAAUGUCAGGAUGAAUCUCGUCUCGCCCACGGCGAGUUAUUCCGCGACGCGGCCUUGAGCUGCUGGGAGCUGGCAAGGGAGUCCCAAUGUUUACUCGCUGUUGGAGUCAAUUGCGUUCAUCCCAAAUACGCCGUCGGUCUCUGCAAAUUCCUCAAUAGGGAUCAGAUGCCCCAAAUACCGCUCGUUGUUUAUCCCAACAGUGGCGAAAAUUACACGCCGACCGAAGGGUGGAAAGAUAAAGACCGAUGUGUUCCUGUACAAGACUACGUCAGUUCCUGGUUGGAUUCAGGAGCCACUUUUAUCGGAGGAUGUUGUCGUACUGAUGACGAGGACAUUAGAAAUAUUAGAAAAUCUGUGAUCCGUUGGAUUAAUAAACGCGAAUUAAAUUGA